AAUUGGAGGCAAAAAUCAUCAUUCAUCAUCCUCCCUCUCUCUCUCUCUCUCUCUCUCUCUCUCUCUCUCUCUCUCAUUCAAUACCUUUUCUGAAAACACGCUUUCAUACGCAAAAUCAUCAAUCGACCAGAUCUGCAACACAUUAUUCAUAAUCGAUUCAGUGUUAUUUUCAAUAAUAUCAUUUGAUUCCAUCAUUAUUUAUUCAUUUAUUCAUGAAUUUAUGUUGUUGUUGUUGUGGUUGUUCGAGCAAUGCGGUGAACGUGUUUUGCGAUAGGGUUAGGGUUUCGGUUUGAGAUUGUGGACAGAUGAUGUUUACUGGAGGAUAUGGAGUUGCAGAGGCGAAAUUGUGGGGAUAAUUAUUGGAAUUUGCAGUCGAAUUGGGGGUUUUUGAUGGAAUCACCACCGCAUUCGCGUUUGAUGCAACCGUUAUGUGGUGGUAGUGGUGGUGGUGGUGGUUUGGGGUUUAUUGAACAUACGGUUACGAAAUUUGAUACGCUUGCUGGUGUUGCGAUUAAGUAUGGUGUUGAGGUGGCUGACAUAAAAAGGAUGAACGGGCUGACAACCGAUCUACAAAUGUUUGCGCGAAAGACGCUUCAUAUACCUCUACCAGGAAGGCACCCGCCUUCUCCCAUCAUGUCAAAUGGAUAUGAUACUCACGGGCCAAGAAAGUCUGAGACGACACCGCCCAACCGUAGACGUUCUGAUAUGUUCGACUCGAUAAAAUCCCUAAAGUUAUCAUCUUCGUCCCCACAAACCAUUUCACCAUCCAUGGAUGCUUUACGAGACUAUUACGGUCUCAAACCAGCCAAUCAAAACGGUACUAGUGAAAGAUUUGGGUCCGGUGCUUAUCAAAAAGCGGGUCCAAAAAACAUAGAACACGGGCCAGAACCACCCCAAAGUUCCAAUCCGCCAAUCGGCCUUCACAGGAAAUGUAAAAGUUUAGCGAACGGGAUGUCAGAACAAGGUGACGCCACAAAUGGCGAUGGUCCCGUUGCAAAUGGGAAAAAACCCGAUUCCGAUACAUGGUAUGACAAAUUAAUGAGAAGGCGUUUAUCCGAUGUUAACCUUCAAACUCACACCCCAGAAAAGUUGCUUAAACCCGACACCAACAACACCACCAACACCACUAGCGCGUUUUCAGCGGCUGCCGGAAAAGGCUUAGCCUUGAGACCAAAAGCCGCCAGCCGGACCGCCAAUGACUCCGAUGGUCUGCAGAACAUGCCGCCUAUAAAAUUAGGGGGUUCGUCAAUUUCAGAUGCUUCUGGAGUGAAAAAGUCUUCUAGCUCACCAAGCUUUUACGAUUCAUAUAAUAAUGGUAAUGGUAACGGUAAUAAUGGUACAUCCAUAUCGUCGAUUUGGCAAUCUUCCGUGUUAAAUUUGACUGUUGAACUUCAAGCUUUGUCUAGUGCCGCCAUGACUAGACCGAUAUUUGAUGGGUUGCCGAAGCCGAUGAGUGGGCGGAAGAGCAAAGCGGCUAUUGAUUAGUACAUAUGGACUUUCAAACAAUUGAAUUGGAAAUAGAAAGAGAUGAUGAUAUAGAAAAAUAGAAAUAAAGCAAGCCAUUGAUAUAAUCAUUUUGAUUUUUGGGCUAAAAGUAUACAUCUAGAUAGAAAAUUGUGUAUUAGAUGUUUAGGAUUGUGUGUUGAGAAAUGGAGAGAUAAUGUUUAUAUGUUCCUAUUCAAUUAUCUAAAUUAUUUUUAAACCAAAAUGUUUGUUUAUGAAGAUCAUAUUCUUUAAUGAAAUUGUAUUAUUGGGUUCAUUUA